AUGAGCCGCCGCCUCCGUACCUACGGCCUGCGCGAGUACGGCUUCGACCCUGACGCGUACAUCCACGACGUUAACCGCCCGUCCAGCGCCUCCCCCCCGCUCGGAAACUCUCUCAUGCCUAUGCCCAUGGGCUCUCUCAUGGGCCACCCGAUGCCUAUGCCCAUAUGCCCUCUCAUGGGCCACCCCAUGCCUAUGCCCAUGGGUGCUCCCAUGGGCCACCCGAUGCCUGUGCCCAUGGGUCCUCCUAUGAGCCAUCCGAUGCCGAUGGACCCCAUGGUCGGCAUCCCUCCCCACUCGUCGUUCCCCCCGGUCUUCAACCCUGUCGCGGCACACGGCGUUCAUGUUCACUGUGCUCCUCACGCCCCGUUUGCUGGCUUCUCCAGCUUUGCCCCUGACGCCCAGAUUGCCUCCUCCUCCAGUUUUGCUCCACACCCCAACGCCCACUAUGCUCCCGAGAACCCCUACACCAGCUCGCGCGGAAACGCAACUAUCCCUCCUGUCAAGAUCGAAGAGCUUGCUUCAGAGACUAACCCAAUCGAGGCCUGGGCCUCUGGUGUGCCCAGGGAGGACCGCGAGCUGGCACAGGAGCUCAAGGACAAGUACGGCAUGGGAAGCCGCAAGUCUGCCAAGUCUGCCAAGUCCAAGAACGGCAGCACUGCCAAGUCUGCCAAGUCCAAGAACGGCAGCACCUAUGCCAAGACGACUCAGGCCACGCGUAGCGGCAUGGAGAUGCCCAUGUACAACCACACCACGGCCGAGGAGAACACCAAGAACAUCCGCAUGUCUACCCGCAUGUCUACCUUUGGAUUCACCUUCUGGAAGAGAUCGGGCCGCAAGUAA